AUGCGAAAAGGGAGCUGCAUCGUCGACGUUGCGAUGCCGCCCCUUACCAGCUGCGCGGUGAUUUUCUUCCUCCUCGUGUGUGUUUUGUGGAGGAUGGAAGACGGAGUUGAGUUGUGCGCUGUGGGACUUGUGUCUUGUUUUCACGGCCGCGCCUUCCGGAUGGCGAUGCGAAUUUCCUUGUUCCUACUGCAUGCUUUCCUGGUGUUCAUGAGGGCGUACUGUCCUCUUGGCUAUACACUCCUUUGUGUAGCCGGAGGACUCGUUGUGCAAGUGUGUGUCCUCCUCUCUCUCUCUCUUUCGUUGGGCAUGCGUGCUCUUCGCUCUUCAUGCCCCGCCUUUCUUUGCUGGCAGGCUUUGCCGAGCACCACACCACUCCUCCGCGAAAUCCGCCGUCACGACCCGCCGUCCACGAGGAGUGAGCAGGGCAGCCCAGAUUCUAGCAAUACGGAGCAGAUUCAGAAAGCAUCACAUCUCGAUAGCCACAGCACCGCAAAUGCAGACCAUUCUCAAGCGCUUCCUCCUGCAGAGGCGGUGCCGCCGUUGACAGCCGAUACACUGCGCGUUCCGCAAGUUCGCGCCGAGUGCCCACCCGACUCCGCGCUGCUGUCGCCAGGAAACGGUCUUACUCCCACGCUUGCCGAGUGCGCGUCCAACGCCGCGCCACAGCCGAGCGAGGCGGCGCCUGUGUUGGCAGCGGACGCUCUCCCUCCGACGCCUGCCGAGUGCGCACCCGACGCCGCGCCACAGCCGAGCGAGGCGGCGCCUGUGUUGGCAGCGGACACUCUCCCUCCGACGCCUGCCGAGUGCGCGUCCAACGCCGCGCCACAGCCGAGCGAGAAAACAGCGCCGAAACGUGAUGCUUCCGCGCCCCUGCCCCGUAAGCGGGAGCGCGAAGGUGCGUGUGACUCGAGCUUCUGGCCGCUAAAAACUCGGCGCGCUCUUGACGCGUUCACCCAUACUGCAGCGCGACAGCCGAGCGAGGCGGCGCUGCUGUCGGCAGUGGACGCUCUCCCUCCGACGCCUGCCGAGUGCGCACCCGACGCCGCGCCACAGCCGAGCGAGGCGGCACCGGUGUCGGCAGCGGACGCUCUCCCUCCGACGCCUGCCGAGUGCGCACCCGACGCCGGGCCACAGCCGAGCGAGGCGGCGCUGGUGUCGGCAGUGGACGCUCUCCCUCCGACGCCUGCCGAGUGCGCACCCGACGCCGAGCCACAGCCGAGCGAGGCGGCGCCGGUGUCGGCAGUGGACGCUCUCCCUCCGACGCCUGCCGAGUGCGCACCCGACGCCGCGCCACAGCCGAGCGAGGCGGCACCGGUGUCGGCAGCGGACGCUCUCCCUCCGACGCCUGCCGAGUGCGCACCCGACGCCGCGCCACAGCCGAGCGAGGCGGCGCCUGUGUUGGCAGUGGACGCUCUCCCUCCGACGCCUGCCGAGUGCGCACCCGACGCCGAGCCACAGCCGAGCGAGGCGGCGCCUGUGUUGGCAGCGGACGCUCUUCCUCCGACGCCUGCCGAGUGCGCACCCGACGCCGCGCCACAGCCGAGCGAGGCGGCGCCUGUGUUGGCAGUGGACGCUCUCCCUCCGACGCCUGCCGAGUGCGCACCCGACGCCGAGCCACAGCCGAGCGAGGCGGCGCCUGUGUUGGCAGUGGACGCUCUCCCUCCGACGCCUGCCGAGUGCGCACCCGACGCCGAGCCACAGCCGAGCGAGGCGGCGCCGGUGUCGGCAGUGGACGCUCUCCCUCCGACGCCUGCCGAGUGCGCACCCGACGCCGCGCUACAGCCGAGCGAGGCGGCGGGGAUGUUUGCAGGCAAAGCUUCUCCUCGCAUGCAUUUCGCCCGUAACCAGCGUGAGGAGGUAGGCAGCGUUUUUCCGAUGCGGUGGCGUUCUGCAGGCUGCAAAGCGGACGCGGAGCGUGCGGCGGCGUUUCUUGCCGCAGCGUUUGGCGAGUGGCCGACACGUGCGGUGUCGCUGCAUUCCUGCUCUGGUAAGGUAGGCUCGCCGGCGUGGAACAACGUGUCACAGCCGAGCGAGGCGGCGCCUGUGCUAGCAGCGGACGCUCUCCCUCCGACGCCUGCCGAGUGCGCACCCGACGCCGCGCCACAGCCGAGCGAGGCGGCGGGGAUGUUUGGAGGCAAAGCUUCUCCUCGCAUGCAUUUCGCCCGUAACCAGCGUGAGGAGGGAGGCACCGUUAUGGCGACGCGGCCGCUUUCUACAAGCUGCAGAGUUGACGGGCCUCGUGCGGCAGCGCGGUUCGCUGCGGUGUUCGGUGGUUUGCCGACACUGGAGCUGUCGCCGGCUUUCCGCUGUCCAAAGGUGGGCUCGCCGGCGUCGAACAACGUGCCACGGCCGAGCGAGGCGGCGCCUGUGCUAGCAGUGGACGCUCUCCCUCCGACGCCUGCCGAGUGCGCACCCGACGCCGCGCCAGAGCUUGGUGAUUCGGCGCCGGUGUCGGUUAGCCACACUCGCCCUCCGACGCCUGCCGAGUGCGCACCCGACGCCGCGCCAGAGCUUGGUGAUUCGGCGCCGGUGUCGGUUAGCCACACUCGCCCUCCGACGCCUGCCGAGUGCGCACCCGACGCCGGGCCAGAGCUUGGUGAUUCGGCGCCGGUGUCGGUUAGCCACACUCGCCCUCCGACGCCUGCCGAGUGCGCACCCGACGCCGGGCCAGAGCUUGGUGAUUCGGCGCCGGUGUCGGUUAGCCACACUCGCCCUCCGACGCCUGCCGAGUGCGCACCCGACGCCGGGCCAGAGCUUGGUGAUUCGGCGCCGGUGUCGGUUAGCCACACUCGCCCUCCGACGCCUGCCGAGUGCGCACCCGACGCCGGGCCAGAGCUUGGUGAUUCGGCGCCGGUGUCGGUUAGCCACACUCGCCCUCCGACGCCUGCCGAGUGCGCACCCGACGCCGGGCCAGAGCUUGGUGAUUCGGCACCGGUGUCGGUUAGCCACACUCGCCCUCCGACGCCUGCUGAGUGCGGACAUGACUUUGUGCCAGUGUCGACGGAGUCUGUUCGGCCGAUGCUAUCACGUGGUGUGUCUGCUGAGGCUUGGUCGGCAGCGUCGAGUGUUGAGGUGGCUGCGCGCAGAGCAGUGACGCCAGAUCCUGAUUACAGCAGUUGUCACACGUCGAUGUAUGCGGAGCUGCGUGCCGCGUUGGACGGUGGCAGGGCGGUGACGACGAGUGUGGACCGUCUUCGUUCGCAGGCUUACGGGUCGCCAGUGCCUUAUGCCGCGUUGCACGAGAGUAUGACAGUGCCACCGACUCAAUUCGAUGACCGUUUUCCGGGUUUUGCGCACCCUGCCUUGUAUCAUCCGUUAGACGCGUACACUGCGGUGGAGCCAGAUCCUGAUUACAGCAGUUGUCACACGUCGAUGUAUGCGGAGCUGCGUGCCGCGUUGGACGGUGGCAGGGCGGUGACGACGAGUGUGGACCGUCUUCGUUCGCAGGCUUACGGGUCGCCAGUGCCUUAUGCCGCGUUGCACGAGAGUAUGACAGUGCCACCGACUCAAUUCGAUGACCGUUUUCCGGGUUUUGCGCACCCUGCCUUGUAUCAUCCGUUAGACGCGUACAUUGCGGUGGAGCCAGCGCCUGCUUACAGCAGUCGUCACACGCCCAUGCAUGCGGAGCUGCGUGCCGCGUUGGACGGUGGGAGAUCGGUAAGGCACGUGUCCUACCCUUUACGCCCUUCAAAGCGUUUCGCGCCUGCGUUGGGUGCGGCGCCACAGCCGAGCGAGGCGGCGCCUGUGCUAGCAGUGGACGCUCUCCCUCCGAUGCCUGCCGAGUGUGCGUCCGACGCCGCGCCAGAGCUUGGUGAUUCGGCACCGGUGUCGGUUAGCCACACUCGCCCUCCGACGCCUGCCGAGUGCGCACCCGACGCCGGGCCAGAGCUUGGUGAUUCGGCACCGGUGUCGGUUAGCCACACUCGCCCUCCGACGCCUGCCGAGUGCGCACCCGACGCCGCGCCAGAGCUUGGUGAUUCGGCACCGGUGUCGGUUAGCCACACUCGCCCUCCGACGCCUGCCGAGUGCGCACCCGACGCCGCGCCACAGCCGAGCGAGGCGGCGCGCCCACUCGAUGAGACAGCCUCUCUCCGUCGUAAGCGGCCGCGCGAUGAUGCCUCGGAUUACAGUUUCUGGCCUCGGCGGCGGCGCUUCUCACGUCCGCUUCGUUGGGAGCCGGUGACUGUUCCGCCAGUGAAGUUGCCGCAGGAUACUCGGCGCGCUCUUCGCGCAUCCGCCCAAACUGCAGUGCGACGGCCGAGCGAGGCGGCGCCGGUGUCGGCAGCGGACGCUCUCCCUCCGACGCCUGCCGAGUGCGCAUCCGACGCCGCGCCAGAGCUUGGUGAUUCGGCGCCGGUGUCGCUCAGCCACACUCGCCCUCCAACGCCUGCCGAGUGCGCACCCGACGCCGGGCCACAGCCGAGCGAGGCGGUGCCUGUGCUAGCAGUGGACGCUCUUCCUCCGACGCCUGCCGAGUGCGCAUCCGACGCCGCGCCAGAGCUUGGUGAUUCGGCGCCGGUGUCGCUCAGCCACACUCGCCCUCCAACGCCUGCCGAGUGCGCACCCGACGCCGCGCCACAGCCGAGCGAGGCGGUGCCUGUGCUAGCAGUGGACGCUCUUCCUCCGACGCCUGCCGAGUGCGCACCCGACGCCGCGCCACAGCCGAGCGAGGCGGCGCGCCCACUCGAUGAGACAGCCUCUCUCCGUCGUAAGCGGCCGCGCGAUGAUGCCUCGGAUUACAGUUUCUGGCCUCGGCGGCGGCGCUUCUCACGUCCGCUUCGUUGGGAGCCGGUGACUGUUCCGCCAGUGAAGUUGCCGCACGAUACUCGGCGCGCUCUUCGCGCAUCCGCCCAAACUGCAGUGCGACGGCCGAGCGAGGCGGCGCCUGUGUUGGCAGUGGACGCUCUCCCUCCGACGCCUGCCGAGUGCGCACCCGACGCCGGGCCACAGCCGAGCGAGGCGGCGCUGGUGUCGGUAGUGGACGUUCUCCCUCCGACGCCUGCCGAGUGCGCACCCGACGCCGCGCCACAGCCGAGCGAGGCGGCGCCUGUGCUAGCAGCGGACGCUCUCCCUCCGACGCCUGCCGAGUGCGCACCCGACGCCGGGCCACAGCCGAGCGAGGCGGCGCUGGUGUCGGUAGUGGACGCUCUCCCUCCGACGCCUGCCGAGUGCGCACCCGACGCCGCGCCACAGCCGAGCGAGGCGGCGCUGGUGUCGGUAGUGGACGUUCUCCCUCCGACGCCUGCCGAGUGCGCACCCGACGCCGGGCCACAGCCGAGCGAGGCGGCGCCUGUGUUGGCAGCGGACGCUCUCCCUCCGACGCCUGCCGAGUGCGCAUCCGACGCCGCGCCAGAGCUUGGUGAUUCGGCGCCGGUGUCGCUCAGCCACACUCGCCCUCCAACGCCUGCCGAGUGCGCACCCGACGCCGCGCCACAGCCGAGCGAGGCGGUGCCUGUGCUAGCAGUGUACGCUCUCCCUCCGACGCCUGCCGAGUGCGCACCCGACGCCGGGCCACAGCCGAGCGAGGCGGCGCUGGUGUCGGUAGUGGACGCUCUCCCUCCGACGCCUGCCGAGUGCGCACCCGACGCCGCGCCACAGCCGAGCGAGGCGGCGCUGGUGUCGGUAGUGGACGCUCUCCCUCCGACGCCUGCCGAGUGCGCACCCGACGCCGCGCCACAGCCGAGCGAGGCGGCGCUGGUGUCGGUAGUGGACGCUCUCCCUCCGACGCCUGCCGAGUGCGCACCCGACGCCGGGCCACAGCCGAGCGAGGCGGCGCCGGUGUUGGCAGUGGAGGCUCCGUGUUGCAUGUGGCGCAGGAGCGUGCGGGAUCUCGCGUCUGAUCACAUGGUAGCGAGGCGACGGCGCUCUGUCUUACGCAGGGUGAAGACGUCGCGGCGGUCUAACCGCCGGAGUCUCGGCGCGCGCCCGCUUGCAGGGCCUUCUCGGUCGCACGUGAGAGAUGGAUGGCAAUCUGUGUUAGGUGUGAUCCGUAGGUGGAAGUCGAAGGCUUUUGGUCUUGAUCGAGGAGACAUCGUCGGCAGUGUCCGGGGGUCCGAACCGGCUGCCGGGCCACAGCCGAGCGAGGCCGCGCCUGUACUAGCAGCGGACGCUCUUCCUCUGACGCCUGCCGAGUGCGCACCCGACGCCGCGCCACAGCCGAGCGAGGCGGCGCCGGUGUUGGCAGUGGAGGCUCCGUGUUGCAUGUGGCGCAGGAGCGUGCGGGAUCUCGCGUCUGAUCACAUGGUAGCGAGGCGACGGCGCUGUGUCUUACGCCGGGUGAAGACGUCGCGGCGGUCUAACCGCCGCGGUCUCAGCCCGUGCGCUUCGGCUGCGGGGUGGCGCUCACGCCUGAGAGGCGGAUGGCAUUCUCUGGUGCGUAUGCUGCGUAGGUUCUACCGAGGCGCUGUGUGUUUUGGACAUCGGCUGAUUUCCCGCCGUUCUCGUGCGCAUGCACGAGAUGCGGCGCCACAGUUGAGCGAGGUGUUGAUGCUGCCAGCUCAGAACGAUUUGCCGGCGGUUGUCCCGCCAGCCCCACGUGUUGUGUUGGACCCGGGCAGGGCGCCCCUGCCGGUUUCUGCGCACUGGAUGGCUGACUCGUAG